AUGUACACGGAAAGCCCAUUUAUUCUACUCGAAAGCCCUGUGGCAAACCCAGAAUACACGGCACAUGGGGCAAACCUUCCUUUGCUGCAGCCACAGUGCUAUGCAGUGGGAAUGAAACGUGUGUUUACACUUGCCCACACAGGGCUUGCACUCCAUCGGGUGCUUACAUUUUGUGCACAUCUGGUCGAAGCCCUGUUGGCAUAUUCCGCAUAUGUCGCUCUCUAUGUCCCAUUUCCAGCUGUACACCGGAUAAAUCUUCUUGAUCUUUAUCUCCACCAUUUUUGGGUAAGCCUCUGGUUGCAGGGAGUCUGGUUUCAGAGGAAGAUAAACCUACCGCGAAAUCUUCCAUGGACGGAAAGGACCAUCCGACCUAUGGCCACGACAUGGAAGGAGGGCAAAGCCGACGGGACUGAAGAGCCGAGUGGAAAAAUUUGCACAAUAGCUUUCCACAAAGAAGGCGAAAAAAAGUAG